UCCUUCGGCACGCCACUGAAGAUCCUGGUGUCACUAUGGGCCGCCGCCCCACCCGUUGUUACCGAUAUUGUAAUAACAAGCCAUACCCAAAGUCUGCUGAGGUGUCCCUGAUGCCAAGAUUCACAUCUUUGACCUGGGCCCUGGAGGCUGCCCGAAUUUGCGCCAAUAAGUACAUGGUGAAAAGUUGUGGCAAAGAUGGCUUUCAUAUCCGAGUGCGGCUCCACCCCUUCCACGUCAUCAACAAGAUGUUGUCCUGUGCUGGGGAUGACAGGCUCCAAACAGGCAUUCGAGGUGCCUUUGGAAAGCCCCAGAGCACUGUGGCCAGGGUUCACACUGGCCAAGUGAUCAUGUCCAUCUGCACCAAGCUGCAGAACAAGGAGCAUGUGACUGAGGCCCCGCGCAGGGCCAAGUUCAAGUUUCCUGGCCGCCAGAAGAUCCACAUCUCAAAAAAGUGGGGCUUCACCAAGUUCAAUGCCGAUGAAUUUGAAGACAUAGUGGCUGAGAAGCGGCUCAUUCCAGAUGGCUGUGGGGUUAAGUACAUCCCCAAUUGUGGCCCUCUGGACAAGUGGCGGGCCCUGCACUCAUGAGGGCUUCC